AGUCUUUGUCGAUAUCCUGUAUUACUAGAUCAUUAUUUAGAAGCGUUUUAUUUGUUUAGUACGUAAAACUUGCUGGUUUAUUUAUUGCAUAUUGUUCAGCAUUGUUUGGGAUUAGUUCAAAUGAUUCAAGUGGGUGAGAGGGAAGUAGACCUGCAACGUCGUAAAGAUUUAGAAUUAGAUAUUCAGCCGCGUUUCCAAGACAAUGUGAUGUCAGAUGAUGUCAUAACCGUCAAUGAAGGGGGAAAACAAGUUGCUUUAAUUGCACUUACUGUGAAUUUUGUUGCGAGCGUAUUAAUUAUUCUCUCAAACAAGGCGUUGUACGUCAACUAUGGAGUACCACCAUUGUUCCUUGCCUGUUUUCAUUUCUUGAGUACCUUUGUUGGUUUACUUGGAAUGUUAUUCGCUGGUUAUUUACAGGUAAAAAGGGUUCCUAUCAUCAAGGUAAUUCCCCUUUGCCUUGCGUUUUGUUCUUUCAUCGUUUUCACGAGUUUGUCGCUCAAGUAUAACCAGGUCAGGACGUACCAACUGAUCAAAUGUCUUGGCGAUCCUCUCACCUUUGUCAUUCAAGCUGUAUUUUACGGCCGCCAUUUCACUACAAAAACCAAGUUAGCGUUGUCUAUGGUGGUGGGUGGGAUCCUUAUUAACUAUUCAACCGACAUUCAACUGAAUUUUUUGGGAGCCUUGUUCGGACUUACAGCUGUGGUGGCAUCUUCCUUAUAUUACACGUGGAUUGAAACAAAACAAAGAAAGCUGGAGUUGUCCCCACCACAAUUGUUGAUCUACCAGUCGUCGAUAUCUUCGGCUAUUUUGAGCGUGCUCGUUGUUGCCAUAGAGUUGCCGGAUGUUUUGAAAAUUAUGAAUACGUCCAAUGCUUCAGAUGCGGCGAUGUUCUUUCUAUCUGGGCUUCUGGCUUUUUCUGUGAGCACUUCGGUAUUUUACAUCAUUAGCAAAACAUCUGUAGUUACAUAUGCUGUUUUCUGCAAACUGAAAAUCUGUCUCAUAAUAUUAGGGGGUUCUAUAUUGUUUAAAGAAGUUAUUACUCCUGGGCAAGCCAUGGGGGUAAUAGUAACUCUGACAGGAACAGCAAUGUAUGCUUUCUUUACCAUGAGCGAAAAAAACAAACUGGACAAAACUUUACUGUCGAACUCAAAUGGUCCAACGUUGAGAGGAAUGUCAUAAAAUGACAAGGUUGAUGCAUCAGAAUUUCUAAUUAUUGCAUUAGAAUAUAUGUGUAGAAAUAAAUAUUUGUCGUUAUAUUA